AUGGUUCAACCCUUAGAAAAUCCCUUAGCAUGGAAGUACGGACUAACAUUCAAUGAAGCCAUAAGUGUUAUUGCUGCUAGAGAAAUCAAACUUCUUGGUCACGAGGUACCCAAGGGCAACGUUAGGCCGGGUCCGGAUCGUCUGAGGCCCUUGAGUGGAUUGGCUCCUCCACAUGAUCUUGAGCCUCAACAACGAGCUGUGGGACUGUUUGUUUACUACUCACAAUGGAUACCUCACUUUUCGGACAAAAUUCAUCUGCUAAUCCGUAAAAAAACUUUCCCUUUAUCAUUGGAGGUAAUUGAAGCAUUUGAGGCUCUUAAGGAGGAACUUGCGAAGGCCACAGUGGCCACUUUUCAGCACGAUACCCCAUUAGUUGUCCAGACUGAUAGCUCAGACGUCGCAAUCGCUGCCACACUGAAUCAGAAUGGGCAACCAGUUGCGUUCUGUUCACGUAGCCUUUCUCCAACUGAAAGACAUCAUUCAGCUAUAGAUGAAGAAGCAUACGCCGCAGCAGAAUACAUACGCAAAUGGAAGCACUUCUCCCUCUGUCAUCACUUUAAACUCAUCACGGAUCAGCGUUCUGUUGCCCUUAUCUUCGGCAAUCAGCAAAAAGGCAAGGUAAAGAAUGAUAAGAUCGUACACUGGAGGUUGGAGCUGUCACCAUUCAAAUUUGACAUUGUCUACCGACCUGGUAAACGAAAUCGAGCGGCGGAUACGCUUUCCCCCAAUUUCCGUGGUGCCCUACUAACCAGUGUCGAUCUGAAAGUAUUACACGGGCCACUUUGUCAUCCCGGUGUCUCUUGGCUUUCACACUUUGUUCGAGCUCGGGAUCUCCCAUUUUCGAUGGAAAAGAUUCGUAAUGUCGUCGCUAAAUGUCAGGCCUGCUGUUAA